UAAUUCUAGAAUGGUCCCUAUACAACUCAAAAGAUUGUCACACUCUACCCUAAAAAAAGUAAAGUUGUUACCGUUAUUAUUAGCCAGCAAAGCAAAUAAACAAUGAACUUUAACUUUUUCAAAUUCCCACACACUAAUAAUAUAAACUUCAACCAAGGACAGAACUCAGAAGUGAUUAGUUUUUGUUAGCUAAAAAAAGAGAGAGAGGGAAAAAGAAUGGAGAGGGAAGAAGAUGUUAAGGUUGGAGCAAACAAAUUCUCAGAAAAGAAUGCAUUGGGCACAGGAGCUCAGAGUGAUAGUAAGGACUACAAAGAAGCACCACCAGCACCUUUGUUUGAGCCAGGAGAGUUGAAGUCAUGGUCAUUUUAUAGAGCUGGGAUUGCUGAAUUUGUUGCAACUUUCUUGUUCCUUUACAUCACUGUCUUGACUGUGAUGGGUGUGAAUAGGUCACCCUCUAAAUGUGCCUCUGUUGGUAUUCAAGGAAUUGCUUGGGCUUUUGGUGGUAUGAUCUUUGCUCUUGUCUAUUGCACUGCUGGAAUUUCAGGUGGGCACAUAAAUCCAGCAGUGACAUUCGGUCUGUUUUUGGCUAGGAAGCUGUCCUUGACAAGAGCAGUAUUCUACAUAAUAAUGCAGUGUCUUGGAGCUAUCUGUGGUGCCGGCGUAGUGAAGGGCUUUGAAGGUAAUGCUCGUUAUGAGUUGUACAAAGGUGGAGCAAAUGUUGUGAAUCCUGGUUACACCAAGGGUGAUGGUCUUGGAGCUGAGAUUGUUGGUACUUUUGUUCUUGUCUACACUGUCUUCUCUGCCACUGAUGCCAAGAGAAAUGCAAGAGACUCUCACGUUCCGAUUUUGGCACCUCUUCCAAUUGGGUUUGCUGUGUUUUUGGUUCACUUGGCUACAAUUCCCAUUACUGGAACUGGCAUUAACCCAGCUAGGAGUCUUGGUGCUGCCAUAAUAUACAACAGAGACCAUGCUUGGAAUGACCACUGGAUUUUCUGGGUUGGACCUUUCAUUGGAGCUGCACUUGCUGCUUUAUAUCACCAGAUAGUGAUCCGAGCAAUUCCUUUCAAGGCAAGGGAUUAAUUAAUCCAUCAUCAUCGGCAUGUGUGUUUGUUUUUUUUGUGUCUAUUUUGACCAAAUCAUAUAUUCAUAUGUAUGUGUAAAUUAUUAUGAACUACUGUAUGUUAGUGCUUCAUGUUCGUGAACUGAACACAUUGAAUGGUCUGUGGAGUGUGGAGAUUCUUUCAUGUUGUUAUUUAUUAUGAGUUUUUCUUUUUUAUUUCUUCAAAA